UCUAACCCGGACACAGUUUUCCCUGCUUUCAUUUUCUCCAUGGAAAACCGGACGGCAAAAAUCAACUGGCCACAACAAAUCUGGCCCAAACCUCCCCCCCAAAAAAAAAAAACCCAACACCCUCACUGUCUUUCUUUAUCCACGCAAGGACAAUGAUUCUCCAUAACAUUCCCAACACCCCGGUGCACACACACACACACACUCUCUCAAACACACUCAGACUCACACGUUGGGGUGGCCAAGGAACCAGACGAUUUAAUUAAACUACUGCAAGACAGAUACAAUCGUAAGACUCGCUGUUAAUUGCACCCAACAAAUCAUUUUCAAUUCGCCAACUUUAUACCGGGGCAGUCGGUUAAUGACAGCCCAACUCCCAACCGCGCUGGGUUCCCUUUUUUUCUUUUUUUAAUCUUUUCCUCUUCCCCCCCCCCCCGCCUUUAUCUUUCUAUCUUCCUUUUUUUUUUUUUCCCUUUGAAUUUUUGUAGUUGGUUUUAUUCUGCGCGAUUUUUAUGUGAAUCGCGCCAGAGCAGAUAAUAUGUGACUUUGACCUGAAAGUUUAGUAGGAUUCUUUCCAGAAAAAAAACCUCCUCAUCUGGUAGUUUUAUACUGGGUCACUUGGAAGAGGAGAAAAGACGGGGAGGGAGGCGAGAGAGUGUGUGGGGGGCACUUUCAGAGCCGCAUUGUAAAUUAUUUAGGAGAAAAAGGGGCGGAAGAACCCCUGCCAACUUAUUCCUAACUUUUAGAGGAGAGGAAGAAUGGGAUUUUCUAGUUAAAAAACUACCUUAGUAGAGCUAUAAGGGAGGGGAAGGUUGUGUUCUUAGUGCUAGCAUAUUUAUAAUUUAUUGUGAAUUGACUUUUCCUAAAGCUGUUGCAGAGAUAAAGUGCCAACCCCAGCCUGUGUGUAUUUCUUCCCUCUCCUGUUUGCUGUGAUGCUUUUAAUACUUGAAUGUCGGUGGGGUUUUGUUGGGGUGGGGUUCUUUUUUUUUUUUUGUUGUUGUUGUUCCUUUGUAAUUUUUUUGGUUGAUUUUUUUCGCCUGAAACCAGCUCCCCGGCAUCUUUUCCCACUGCCACCCUCUUUCCUCCGGGGCCUUCCAUGGGGAAGGAGCCUCGUCCUGCGGGUGACACCGGGGGGGGAUGCGGCGACAUCUUCCUCACACUCCCCCCUCCAUCCUCAUCCUCAUCCCGAAGAAGAUUUUAGGGUAACAAAUCCAGACCUCGCUGGUCUCAUGUCAUGCCGGCCGGAGCUGAUUUCCCAUCUGACAGAUCCGCUGGAUCCAACCCGCCCGGGCGGGACUGGUUUCCCUUUAUCUCUAAUCCCUGCGCCGUGGCGUGCCAUGGGGACCCCAGCAACUUCUAUGGCUACGACCCCUUGCAAAGGCAGAGCCUCUUCAGCGCCCAGGAGUCGGACUUGGUGCAGUACACGGACUGCAAGCUUGCUGCCAGCGGCCUUGGAGAGGAGGCGGAGAGCUCGGAGCAGAGCCCUUCUCCGACCCAGCUUUUCCCUUGGAUGCGACCGCAAGCAGCCGCUGGACGGAGGAGGGGGAGGCAAACCUACAGCCGCUACCAGACCCUGGAACUGGAGAAGGAAUUUCUAUUUAAUCCCUACCUGACCCGCAAACGGAGGAUCGAGGUCUCGCAUGCCCUGGGAUUGACAGAAAGGCAGGUCAAAAUCUGGUUCCAGAACAGGAGGAUGAAAUGGAAAAAAGAAAACAACAAAGACAAGUUUCCCAGCAGCAAAUGCGAGCAGGAAGAACUGGAAAAACAGAAAAUGGAAAGAGCCCAGGAGGUGGACGAGGAAGGGGAAGCACAGAAGGCGGACAAGAAAUAAAAGGAUUUUUAAGGACUGAAAGGCAAGCGCUGCUGGGGUGGAAGAGCCCCUGAGCCCCACGUUAAUGGCAGUUUAGAGUAAGGGAGGGGUGGGGGGGAAAAAAAAACCCACACAACCAAC